AUGGGUACUACUUCUGCUGCGAAACUCUACCUGGCCAAACGGCUUCAUCCGAAGCGCUUCUUUAGUGCCGCUGAACGUGGCCUCUUAAGGUGUAUUUGGGGUGCAGAUGAUAACGAGUGGGUUGACCUCCCUGGUCCUGCUUACUUCUGGCCUGAUAAGCCUGAGUGGUACGCGAAGAAUGGUUUCGAACCAAGAGUUGAUCAGAAGGAUAACUACAAAAAGGCUCUGGCAGCUUUGAAUGGUGAAUUCGUUGAGGAGUGGGAAGAUCAUCUCCUUCAUAGCCAAGCCCCAUAUGACUUGGUGUGGAAUAGGUUCUUUGUGGGUGCCUGA